AUGGCUCAGCAGGACGGACCCACGCCGGUUCCCGGAUCGACCAAGUCGUUCUGGAGGACAGAGCUCCAUGAGCUCGAUAGCCACCGCAGCACUCCAGAGCUGCCUGCUGAAAGCGAUAUUGUCAUCAUCGGAGCUGGUUUCGCGGGUGCGGCCCUCGCGCAUUACAUCUACGCCGACAACCCGUCGCCUCCGUCGGUUGUGAUCCUUGAGGCCCGAGAGGCUUGCUCGGGAGCUACUGCUCGCAAUGGCGGCCACCUGAAACCGGAUGUCUACUUCAACAUCCCCACCUACAUCAAGAAGUUCGGGGUGCGCGCGGCUGUCGAGGUUGCCGACUUUGAAGCCUCGCAAGUCACUGCUGUCAAAGAGCUCGUAGAGAAGGAGAAAAUCGACUGCCAGUUCACGCUGACCCGAGCUUGUGAUGUGACGGUGGAUGAAGGUCUGGCUAGAGAGACCGAAGAGGCCUUUGAAAUCUUGGCCAAGUCGGGAGUUGCGAACCUGAAGGAUGUGCAUUAUACACGACGAAAGGAUGCGGAGCGUGUAUCUGGUGUCAAGGGCGCGUUGAACUGCUUCACCUUCACGGCGGGACAUAUCUGGCCGUAUAAGAUGGUGAUGCAUCUGCUUGCUGGGGUUGUGAGCAAAGGCGCCAACCUGCAAACUCACACCCCCGUUACCAGCGUAUCCGAGACACCCCUUGCCGACGGACGCUGGCUGGUUACGACAGAGCGAGGUGCGAUCAAGGCGAAGAAAGUGCUGUACGCCACCAAUGCGUAUACUUCAAAGCUGGCGCCGCAGUUCAAGGAUCGCAUCAUCCCCGUAAGAGGAAUUUGCAGUCGUAUCGUCGUUCCCAAGGGCCGCCAAGCACCGUUCCUGCCUCAGACCUACAGUAUCCGAUACGGAAAGGGCCUAUUUGACUAUCUCAUCCCGAGAAAUGACGGGAGCAUCAUUGUCGGCGGUGCCAAGCCGAACUUCUGGUCUGACCGUUCGCACUGGUACAACGUAUGGGAUGACAGCAAACUUAUCGAGCCGGCCAAGAGUCACUUUGACGGCUUAAUGCAAAGGACAUUCAUCGGCUGGGAGAAUAGCGGAGCGUACACGGAUAAGGUGUGGACAGGAAUCAUGGGAUACAGUUCCGACUUUAUGCCUCAUGUAGGCGAGAUCCCGGACAAGCCAGGUCAGAUGGCGCUUGCUGGGUUCUCCGGGCACGGGAUGCCGUUGAUCUUGCUCUCCGCAAAGGGCAUGGUGGAUAUGCUGUUGCACGGAAAGCCUUAUGAGGAGACAGGAAUGCCGUCGCUUUUCAAGAUCACGAAAGAAAGACUGAGCAGUACGAAGAACGAUGUCUUGGAAGGUCAUGAACGGGACCAUGGAAGCAAGGUCAAGUCAAGGCUGUAG